CGAGGAUGAUGCGGGGCGGGCGUUUCGGUCAUUCCGACGCUUCCAUGAAUCCAUCCGCUUCACUCCAUCGAAGCGAUUGAAAAACUUCGUCCGUCUCUUUUAGCUCUGUCUCCCCAUCUCUCUCUCUCUCUCUCUCUCUCUCUUCUGAGUGUUCUCGUGCCACCAACAACAUCCUUCCCUUCCCUUGCCUUCCCUUCUCAUAAUUCAACUUAUCCAUCACCCUCGCACCCGCAGUCAGCAGGCAUCCGGACUUAUCAUCAUCGCCACCCAUCAAUCUCCUUCUUCUUCUUCUUCUUCUUCCAUGACUGGACUUUGGAAUUUCACGCCUCUUCAACUCCAUUUCUGAGUUCCCCUUGGACCCUCUCUGCCCCCCUUGUGUCCCCAUUCUAUAAGUAUCUCGAGUUCAUUUCAGAAAGACCCAGAAGCAAAAUCACGAGAUAGUUGCUAUCUCAAAUGAGAAGUGAUAUUGAGUGACGGCAAUGUGGAAAGCUGAAGGAGUUUGGGGUGCUUGCCCUGUUUUUUGGCAUGUUGAGGAAUUGAUAAAUGGACUCUGAAGAUGGGAUAGCUCCUGAAGACGGGAAAGCCAUUACAGAGAAAUCUUCUGCGGAAGCAACUGUACCGGUUUCAAAGCCUGAGGAAGUGACCCGUGAGAUUGACUUCUCUAAACAGGAUACAUCAAGCACAGGUGCUGCUGCACCCAAGCACAAGAAGCUCUCCAAGGACAAAUUGAAUGUGAAAGGGACCGCUCCGUCAGCUCAAAACCGGAAGCCAGUUCUGUCCCAGAGUUUGUCAUUCCCAGCAAAGGGAAUCCGUGCUAAUGGCAUAAAGAAGAGCAUUGAUGCAGUCCCAAUGAAAGCCGAUGCCAAGCAUUCCCAAGCAAACAUGUCUGGCCGUUCUAAUGGAUCUGUCAGUCCAGUUGCCACAACAGGUCAACGCAACCAGCUCAUGGCCAAUGGAGUGAGCCCGAAAACAUCUAACCUGGGCAAUCGACGCUUAUUGGCUCAGAAACCUGGCUCUGCUGAGGGAGCAGCCAAUGCUCCUCCAACCGAGGUUUCUCUUUGCAGCUCGCUCAAUCAAGACCGAAAAAUCAACAGAUCAACAAACCAGGACAGUGAAAUUGAUGAUACCCACUCCACUACCUCAACUGCUACUCCUCGUAGCCGCAAGAGUGGCAGCAUUUCCGGAUUUGCCUCCAGAUUGACAGAGCGUGCUGAGAAAAGGAAAGAGUUCUUUUCUAAACUAGAAGAGAAGAUUCAGGAGAAAGAAGCAGAAAAAACCAGCUUGCAAGAGAAAUCAAAGGAAAACCAGGAGGCAGAGAUCAAGCAACUGAGGAAGAGCAUGACAUUUAAAGCAGCUCCAAUGCCAAGCUUCUACAAAGAACCUCCUCCAAAAGUUGAACUAAAAAAGAUACCAACCACAAGGCCAAAAUCUCCAAAACUUGGGAGGAAGAAGAGCUCAGUCACUACAACAAGUAACUCUUCUGAAGGUGGCGGAUCUUGUUCCAUGCCACGUCUAUACCAAGAGAGCAAAUCGUUCAAGGGAUCUCAGGUGAAACAGAAUAAGGAGGAUGUUGCUACAAAGAAGCCACUUAAGAAGACCAAAUCUAGGCUGAACGAGAGACCAAAGAGCAUUGCCAAAGAAACAGAAGGCAAGAGCUGCAAUGCCAGCACUGAAGAAACCGCAGAAUGCCAAGACCAAUGCGCAAACCUUGUUGAUCAGGGGUCUAUGGGUGGCACUUUGGUUCAGUCAAAUCAAGCACUUGAGGAUGACGCCACCUUGGUUUCUGCUUCUGAGAUAAUGCCUCAAGAAGUCGCUGUCGGAGGCUAACAACGAGGACACUAGAACUGUGUAUGAUAGGUCUUGUGCAAUUUAUGAUUCUUUGUGGUGUUAAUAUUUUUGUUUCCGGUCAUGUGUCAAAGUUAUAUAUGUAACUAUAGUUUACAUAUUCACGUUCUUUUUUGGUUGUCAUAUGAGUUGGUUCAAGAAAAACCGUAGGCCGCUCCAUCUAAGAGCUCCGUUCUGUAAAAUGCUAGAGUCCAUUCCACGGAUUGAAACUUGUAUAUCCUUGUUCGUGUGAUGAGUAAGGUAUACUUGAUAUUCUCUUACUGAA